CCUCUUUUCCCCGAAAACCCUCGUUUAACAUAGUUCUGCAAAUCUUCUCUCUUUUCUUUUUAUAUUUUCGAUAUGGCCGGAAGGGGAAAGUCUCUAGGCGCUGGAGCGGCAAAGAAGGCAACAUCUCGUAGCAGCAAGGCCGGACUUCAGUUUCCCGUUGGUAGAAUUGCUAGAUUUCUGAAAGCCGGCAAGUACGCGGAGCGAGUUGGUGCUGGUGCUCCUGUUUAUCUUGCAGCCGUUCUUGAAUACCUGGCAGCAGAGGUAUUGGAAUUAGCGGGGAACGCGGCUAGGGAUAAUAAGAAGACUCGGAUUGUACCUAGGCAUAUUCAGUUGGCGGUGAGAAACGAUGAAGAACUGAGCAAGUUGCUUGGUGCUGUUACUAUAGCUAAUGGUGGUGUGAUGCCCAACAUUCACAAUCUCUUGUUGCCGAAGAAGGCUGGUUCUGGCUCUUCAAAGUCUGCUGCUGUUGAUGACGAUAGUUAGA